UCGCCGUCGUUCAACGACUUUAACUUGUUGCUACUUAUUUGUUAUAUUAUUUUUAUUUUGAUUAAACAAUUCUUUGAAUAUAUUUUUUGUGUCACCGCCAAGUUAGACGGUCGUUCGAUUGCGUUGCGUGAAAUUGAAUUCAUUUGCUUGCCGACUUGUAUUUGGCAUGGUUGCGGGGUAAAUACUCGUAGAGAUCUCCGAUCUGGCUAUGCCUUUUUAGGAUUUACAAAAAUAAAACCUGAAACUCGUGUGCGUAUGUGAAGUGCAUAAAAGGAGGAAGAAAUAAAUAGCGAAAAAUAGAUUCAAAACAUAAAGACGAUAAAAUAAUAAGUUUAGUUCACAAAUUCAAGUGUUUCAAAAGUGGCCGAAAAGCAUAAGGUGCUAACAAUAUGUUUACAAUACAAAAACGCGCCUUUUUGUUACUGGCAAUCGGAUUUUUGGCGAUAACAACAGCGGUGCUGGUUAAAGUAUUUCAACCCUACGAUUUGAUAUUCAAAUGGAAAUUAAUUAUGGCUGAGAAAGGCGAAAUUUUCGAUCUUUGGGCCACACCACCAGUCGAUUUGUAUAUCAAAAUCUAUUUGUUCAAUAUAACCAAUGCGGAGGCGUUCUUAGCAGGUCGUGAAAAGCUUAAUGUGGAACAAGUUGGUCCCUAUGUCUAUAAAGAGAUAAUGACCCAUCAGAAUAUCACAUUUAAUGAGAAUAACACCAUGUCUACAACUCCAAGUCAUCCUUUGGUCUGGCAAGAGCACAUGUCCGAGGGACGUCGGGAAGAUGAUCAAGUUGUGAUGUUGAAUAUUGCCAUGUUGGCCAUUUCCCAUUUGACUGCCAAUCAUCCGUUUUUCGUGCGUAUGGCUCUAAAGGGUCUCUUUGUGAGCACAAAUUCAGAGCCAUUGGUACGGAUGACUGCCAAGGAGUUUAUGUUUGGUUAUCCUUCAGCAUUGGCCACAUUGGGAAACACAUUCCUGCCCAAUUGGAUUUCCUUCGAGAAGGUUGGCCUUAUCGAUCGCAUGUAUGACUUCUCCACGGAUUAUGAAACCUUCUAUACUGGCGUACCGAAUCCAGCCUUAUCGGGUCUAUAUGCCACAUAUCGUGGCGAGACAACAUUACCUCAAUGGGAAGGUGAUCAUUGCAGUAACAUUGAGUAUGCAUCGGAUGGUACGAAGUUUAGAAGUUUCAUUCAACCAAAUGAGUCGGUGAAGUUCUUUAGAAAGAGCAUGUGCAGACCCAUCAAUUUGUAUCGUGUGGGUGAAGAGAGAACCUUUGGCAGUCUGAAGGGUUAUAAUUAUGUGUUCGAGGAAAAUGCUUUUGAUAAUGGUGCCAUCAAUGAGGCCAAUAAGUGCUUCUGUCGCAAAGGUGAUUGCCAGCCGGUGGGACUGAUUGACGUCACUGAUUGUUAUUAUGGCUUUCCAAUCUCGCUAAGUUUCCCUCAUUUCAUGAAUGGCGAUGUGGGUCUACAGGAGAAUAUAACUGGCAUGAAACCAGAUCCUGAAAAGCAUUCAACAGCAUUUGUCAUCCAACCGGAAUCCGGUCUGCCGCUCUCGCUAUCCGUAAAAGUGCAAAUCAACAUGCAUUUCAAGGAUCUCAGCAAUUUUCCGCAAGUCUCCAAGUUCAGUCACCUGACCGCCCCCAUGCUUUGGUUCGAGAUUAUGAUGCCCAAAUUGCCUGAAUCUCUGGAUACACGUUUCAAUUUCUAUUUGAAUAUCUUGCCGUUGGUCAAUCCCCUUGGUUUUUGGGGAGCUUUGAUUUUGGGCGUUGCUCUCUUGGGUUAUGCCAUCACACGUGCCACUCUACACAUGUCCAGCUAUGCUCGCCAGGCUGCCAAUAUUUCGGAUGGCAAAUAUGCUCGAGCCAAUCUUCUACAGAAUCUAACAGGAGCUGGCAAUCAUCAGGUCUACAGUCCAUGUGAAUUGAAGUUACUAGAUGAUAUGCCAGGCGGCAAGAAGCAUGUGAUCAUACGAUCAGGUAACGAGGAUCAAGAUCAAUUGGCAUUCCAAGAGCGUCGUCGUCAGUCUGCCUACGCUUUGCAACUGGAGCCAGCUCUAUCAGAUGAAGCCGAAGAGGAUGGCGGCGGCAGCGGCAGCAGCAGCAGCGAUGAGGGUAACGAAUGCGAUACAAUCACUCUGAGUCGCAACUCCACUACAUCCAGUUCAUGCAUAGAAGUGGAGCACUGUAACGAUGAUGAUGAUAUAUGCAUCGAUUGCUUCAAUGAUCAAGAUUUGGAUGCAGAUCGAGUUAGCAGGAAAGCAGCUGCGGGCGACAAGCAACAAUUGGCCGUCAGCUUUGCCAGCAGCGGAUUUGCCAGUUCCCCUGCCUCAGCCCAAAGUUCCAGUUCUCAAGUGAAUGUGGAUAGCGCAAAGAGUUGGAUGCCCUAUGCACAUCCCGAACAACAAUUUGGCGGGACAAUGAGCAAACAUGUUUAGAAUCAGGAAUUUCUAUAAGUUUAGCUUAGCUGAUAGUUUUUCUUUUAGGUUGUCGGUUACAAUAAGUUAUUAAUAUUUUUAGUUUUUAGUGUAUAGUGUAGUUCGGGUAUCUUUUUCUUCGGGUUGGCAACAACAUUAACGCUGCUUUUUUUUUAAAUUUUUUUUGGUUUUUUAUAUAGCAAUUUAUAUUAGUGUACAUAAUAUGAAAACCAAAUUUAUUGGUUUUAUUACUGUGAUAGCUUUAGAAAACAACAGGAAGAAAAAAGGAAAGAAGAAAAAAACGUUUAGGGUUGUCCAACAGAA